UAACAGUUCAAACCUAAAAUCAAAACAAAGUGGUCGAAAAGUUUAGUGCUAAGUGUUUUCGUCGCUGCCUAGAUUAUAAUUUUAUUUCGAACCAUGGGGUCAGAUUUAUUUGAAGUUAAAGCAAUGCUUCGAAGUAUUUUGAUAUCUUCACCAGUUGUCCUUAACGUUUCUGAAUUAGAUAACGAUUUCAGAGAACAAGAAGGAAUAGGUAUUCCUUUUGGUAAACUUGGUUACAAAUCUUUGUUGGAAUUUUUGAGAUCUAUUCCGGAUGUAUUAUUAGUGAAAGGUGAUUCAAAGUUUUCUGAAAUUGUUCUAAUAGAAUCUGAAAAAUCGUCACACGUGAAUAACUUAGUUAUGAAACAAAAAUCGAGUUGUAAACGAGGAAAUUUUUUUUCUAAACGCCGCAAAAGUGCCAGGAGUCAAGGUGUUUCUACAAAAAACUGCAAGAUCCCAACUUACACCACUUCAGACUCCGCUGUAAAGGGCCGAUCACAUAAUGAAGAAAACAUAAGACAUGAUGAUGGAUAUUCAAGUCAAAUAUCAGGUGUUAAUAGUAAUAAGAAUACUAACCGUACCGCAUAUGAGACUGAUUCCCUACAAAAUAAUAGUACAAAUACUAAUAUGCGAAGUGCAUCACAGAAACAAAGUGCAAAUGGAAAAACUCCCCCAAAAGAUGAUAAAUUUAAGUUCAAUCAGAUGAAAAGUAUACCAUCUAAACAUAGUACACAUGAAAAAAUUCAUACAAAUAAUAAUGAAUUCAAAUUCACUGAGAUGAAAACUACAGUACCUAAAAAUAGUUCCAGCAUAUAUUCAAAAGCUCAAAGACUGAUAAGUGAAAAAAAGGAAGUAGAAAAUUUUCCAACAAAGAGAGGCACACAACGUUUUUCUAGCCAUAAAACAGUUAAAGAGAGUUCACACCUUAUCAACAGAACCAAACGCAAAGAUUGUUCUUUGAUUGAGUUAAGUUCUCCAUCUCCAGACAACUUUCCUAUUAUAGAUGUUUCUUUGAGGGUUAGCAAGAAACAGGAGAAUAAAAGUUAUUGGAGUGGAGGAGUUAUAAGAAAAUCAAUAGAGAAGAAUAAUACAUUUGAAUAUUGCAGCGAAGCAGAAAAUAGUUCUGAAAGGAACAAUAGAUCCGGUUGGAGUACUGGAUCAGGUGAUCUUAUGCACAGUUUAUUGAAAAAAAAGUCCAAAUUAAUAGAGAAAAAUGAACGUAAUAAUGAAAAUAGAAUACACAGGAAAGUAAAGAAUUUUAUCCCAAAAAAUGUGCAGUGCAAUCUUCAAAAACUGAUAUCAGGUUUUCCGGAUGGAAUUUGGUGCUCGGAAUUGCCUGUAGCGUAUAAAAAUUUGAUGGGUAAAGAAUUAUGUUUCGAAAAUUACGGUUACAGAUGUUUGAUUUAUAUGUGCUUUGAUUUGGAGGAUAUUUUUCAUUGUGUCAAGGAAUCUCCAUCUGAUUAUAAACUUUAUGAUGCAAGAACUCCAAUGCCUAAGUCUUUUUUUUCGCAGUACACCGAGGAAGAGGAAAGUUUCGAAGAACCCACUUCUCCAGAACCCAUUGCAGCUAUUCCUGAUAUGAAAUGGGGCUCCUUCGAUACCUUUCUACCAGAAGAUGCAAUAAAAUUAGGAUUUAAAAUAGAAAGGCUACAAGCCUGCGAUGUGUUAGAAGUGGGUAUGAGUGUCAGUGUGAUUGUUGGAGAGAUCUAUGAUAUAUCCAAAUUUUGGAUCAUCUUGGAUAAUUUGAAUUUGGAAUACUUGAUGCGUGAUAUGCAAUGUUUUUAUCAAGACAAUUACCAGCGGUACUUAGUACCAAGAUCUCUCUUGGUGGAGGGACUUCAUUGUGUUGUUUUAUAUAGAGACAAAUUUCAUAGGGCUGUUAUUCUCAAUGCGAUGCCUGAUGAAGAAUUCUUGAAAGUUUACUAUUUUGAUUAUGGUACUCUAGCAAAGGUUUCAAAAUCAGAGGUUUGGUUUUUGACUACUGCAUUCAGUGAACUGCCUAGUCAAGCUAUAAGAAGUAGACUUUCUGACAUAUAUCCACCUCAUAAAGGAGUAACAUGGUCCCCAUAUGCCAAUCAUGAAUUCAGCAGGCGAACUUGCAUGAAAAAACUAACCGCAGAAAUUGGAAGGGUAGACAAAAUUAAAAACUUGGCAGAUAUAAAAUUGAGAAACAGCGAAUUUUAUAUAAGUGAUAUAUUAGUAGAUCUCAAAUAUGCAAUUUACAUCAACCAAAGUCAAGAAAAACAUAUUGAAGAUCCCAAUUGCAAAUCAAGAGUGCAGUUCAUCCACCUUUUCCCCACCUUUGACGAAAUUGAGAACUGGGUAGUGCCAUCCCUGGAAGAAGCUUCAGAUUUUUUGAAUACAUCCGUUACGGCAGAUUUCCUGUUUUCCCAAUAUUUCAGCAGAAUUAGUCAUGAAGAUUUGAUUGAUAGCAUUGAGGAAAAAAUGGAAAUCACUUCAAAAAAAAAGAAAUCAUUGACGAAAUCUUUCAAACCUGAAGAAUUGUUAACUGUGCAAAGUACAGAUGAGAUGAAUAAGAUGGCUUAUGGAGUACUAUAUGUAUCAGAAACUACAACUGAAGACUGUGGAAAAGAUAUUAAAAAAAGUUGCGGAUAUGAUGAACAAAAUGAGUUCAUGUCUAAAAGAAUAAUUGAUAUAGACAAUGAUGAAGUAUUGAUAGGGAUACUGAGACAAACUAGGAUGAAAAAAUCGUUAUCAUUGGAUAAAAAUCAAUACGUAUCGGAGUCCAUAUUCGACAAAAGUUCCAUCAAUUCUUCAUUACAAAGCAAAGGAAUGGUCAAAGAAGAACAAAAUUCAAUCUUCAGUGAUUUUGUGAAGAAACACCCAUCACGGCAUGAGAAAGUUCUGAAAGAGUUCUCUAAUUUGGCGGAACUUGAAAAAUACUUAUCAGAGGAUUCUUCAAGUAAGAAAUCAUCAUCUAACCUGAUAGAUUUGGACGUUGAGCUCAGCAGUCCUGUUGUGUCCACCACAAAUCUUUUUAUGAACAUUGAAUUGCAAACGAAUCUGACAACAUUGGAGAGAAACGAGGAUAAAGAUCAAAAAUGUCUAUUGUCCAGCUACAACGAUUUUGACCAAAGCACAUUGGAAAAUCCCCUAGAUUUUCCUAUACCAGACAUCCCUUUACCGGAUUUAAUCCGAUUUGAUGAAGAACCAUGUUUUGCAGUCACAAGUACAUCCGAUCCACAGGAGGGCUCACAAUCUACUAAACUCAUUUUCGAUGUUUGUGGUUCAGAUUUUGGCGAUGCUGAUGAUGAAGAUUCAGAUGAAAAACUGAAAUCUAUUGAAUCCUGUCAAUCAAAAGUGUCCACUUAUGAAUCACAAUCUAUGAACAGUAAUGACGACAGUUCUAACAGUAACUCCCACCAGGAAAAUAGUGUGCAGAAAAAUGAUUUCAAUAUGGAAUCAUCAGAAAGGAAAUACAUGACUGAUACUUUCUCUUCAUUCAGAUUCAAUGAAGAUUCUGUUUUAACUGAACAUGACAGAUUGGAGAUGCUGGAAAAUCAAACUUCCUCUAAUAUUUCCGUCGAAACUAUCAAACCGUAUCACAAAAAUACGUACCAUACUGAUCACAACCAUCAAAAUGAAGUGGGGUAUCAUGAUCCGGCCCCUAUAAUUCCAAACUAUGCAGCUGAGGAGUCUGUACAGAAUAUUUUUAAUAAAUCCCAAACAAAUAGUGCAGCCAAUUUAUCUCAUUUCUGUCAGCCUAAAGACUCUAAUGUUCACGAUUUAUCAGAUACUAUUUCCGAUUUCAAUAAUUUGAAUAUUAAUAAUGGUAAACUAAAUACAUCAACUCCUAUUUUGAACCAAAUUGCAUUGACUGAAGAUAAGAACACUUUGGAUGAAUUUGAUGUUCUUCAUCAUUGUCCGACAUCAAAUCCCACAUUAUACUCAAAGGAUGAAGCAGCUGUGUCAAGACUUAGUUUUGUGCCUGGUGAAUGUAUGACUCAAGAAUCACGAACUUCUCAGUGUGAAGCAGACUGCAGUGGUUCCAUUUAUUGUAAAAGUGCCAAACAAGUACCUAUAGAAGAAGUAAAUUCCAUUAACGAAGUGAAUGGUGCUGAUGUAAGCUAUUCAAAUUCCACUCUCCACCAUACUAGCGAUGUAGCAUCUCAGUUUGUGAUUUAUGAGAAUACAAUAGGUUUUACUUCAUCAGAUUUUGUUCCUAAUAAUAUAGUACACCCUAUGAUAUCACAUGUACAAACUCAAGCAUUUCGAGGUCCCCAGAAUAUGUUGCAGCCUCGUACAAUGAUGGUUAGACCACCACCUGGAUUCAUGCCAAUAUUACCUUAUGGUCAUCCUAGCUCAUUGCAUCCUUUUGGAACACAAUAUUCUUAUGUUAAUCCAAUCAAUGUUCCCUCUAUUCCAGGCCACUUUCUGUCUAUUCAGCAACAGGAGAUUCUCUCCAGAAGCUAUAACAAUCAUCCUAUUGUCAUAUUCAAUUAUAAUUUUUUACCACAUUCAGAUUCAACGAGCACUACACAAGAAAAGUGAAGUGGAUAUUAUAAUUGGAUGGUUGUUAUCAUAUUGAUGCAAAAAUAGGUUGUUGUGUAUUUAUUUUUGGUCAUAUGUUGUAUGUUUGUAAAUUUUUGGAUCUGAAUGAUAUUAGUUGAUAAAAUAGUAACAUAAGGAUUUUGUAUAU